AUGCAAGUCGAUAACUCGAGUAGUUCGGAAGCUUUGCUGACAGAUAUAGUCGUCAUCACGGGUCCAAGCUGGGAGAGUAUUGGCUCUGAAACUGCUAUUGCCUUGGCCAAAGGAGGUCCAAGCAUGAUGGCCUUAUUGGGUCGAGAUAUCGAAAAAAUCAAACCUGUCAUGGAUAAAAUCCACAACAUCAACCCUGAGAUAGUCACAAAGUUUGUCCAGAUUCACCUGGAUUCCUUGAACAGUGUGCGCCAUGCAGCUCAGCAGAUUCUCAACGACACCAGCAUUCCCAAGAUCCACGUCUUGAUCAACAACGCUGGGAUUAUGGCUUGUCCAUAUUCCAAAACUGAGGAUGGGAUUGAGAGACAGUUCGCCACAAAUCACGUUGGGCACUUUCUGCUGACGAAUCUGCUCAUGCCGAAAAUCCUGGCUGCAAGUCCUGACGCCAGAGUGGUCAACGUUGCCAGCUACGGCAAUGUUCUCUCCAAUGUCUUGGACGACCCAAGCUUCAACGAUGGAAAGGAUUACGUCCCUUUCCUCUCAUAUGGUCAGAGCAAGGCUGCAAAUGUCUUGAUGGCGGUGGCAUUGAACAAAAUGUUACGAGGCAAAGGCUUGAAGGCAUUUGCGCUAUGUCCCGGAAGUGUACCAAGUAAUCUCCGUCGUUUUCUGGAUCCAAUCACGAUGAAAGAAGGGAUCGAGGUCAUAUCAAAGAGUCCUGCCGUGAUGCCACCACGCAAAACUCCGCAGCAGGGUUGUGCGACCACUCUUCGCGCGGCCAUAGAUCCGAACCUGACAGUUGACCGGAGUAGUUUCCUCUCCGACACCCAGGUAACGUCCGAUCCAAAGGUGGUGGCUUCAUAUUCCUUGGAUCAGUCAAAUGCCGAUCGGGUUUGGAAUCUGAGCGAGACUCUGGUUGGCGAGAAGUUUAGAUACUGA